AUGCAACAAGACAUUUUGCAUGCGCAGUCAGAGACCUUGUUUGACCACCACGACAAUAAAGAAAAUAAGCAACAGAAGAAACAGCAGCAGCAGCUAAAUGAUGCUAGUCAAGAAGGCUUACAGGGAGAGCAACAACAGCAACAAAAGGAAGCAGCCGCAGCGGCAGUAGCACCGUCGUUCUCCAUGAUGUGGCCGCCAGCCUUUUAUGAUGACUUUACAACACGAUUUUGGAUGACGUAUAGGCACAACUAUCCACCGAUUCGUCCUUCUUCAUACAAAACAGAUAUCGGAUGGGGUUGCAUGCUUCGUAGCGGACAAAGCUUACUAGCUAAUGCAUUGUUAAUACAUUGCUUAGGAAGAGUAGAUUGGCGAAGGCGAGGAAACGAAAAAGACGUUCAAUAUCUCAAGAUCAUACAAUGGUUUUUGGAUGAACUGUCCCCACGCGCCCCAUUUUCAAUCCACCGAAUUGCGCUAUUAGGAAAACAGCUUGGAAAAAACAUUGGUGAGUGGUUUGGACCUAGCACGAUCAGCCAGGUGAUCCUGGCUUUGGUAUCGGACUUCCCGUCUGCCCAACUAGCCGUUUAUAUUGCAACAGAUGGUGUUGUCUAUCGGAAUGCCGUUGAAGAUGCCGCCACCGGCAAGCGACCACGUGAUGAAUUUCAGUCGAUACUUGUGCUGGUAGCGAUUCGAUUAGGCAUCGAUCAGCUCCAUCCAACUUAUUACCCGGCUUUGAAAGCAUGUUUCCAGCUGCCUUGGUUUGUUGGCAUUGCUGGUGGUCGACCCAAUUCAUCAUUGUACUUCUUAGGCAUGCAAGGUGACGAUCUUAUAUAUAUGGAUCCUCAUUUCUCACGCCCAGCUUUGGAGACCAAGCCUUUGAACGAGUAUGACGAUGAAAGUCUUUCUACAUAUCACUGCACCAUACCACGCAAGAUUCAUAUUUCACAUUUGGAUCCAUCCAUGUUACUUGGAUUUUAUUGCAGAACAAAAGAAGAGUUUGAUGAUUUUUGUAAUCAUAUAACCCAGAUUGCUUCUGUUCAUACGCCUAUUUUCACAAUCGAACAGCAUGCACCUGAAUAUGAUGAGGAUGUGCGCAGUGAAAAUGACUUUGGCAUCAUGAGCGACGAAGAGGAGGAAGAACAACAGCAUGAGGUUAACGAUAGUGACUAA